AUGGCUACCCCCAGUGUUCUUACCUUUGACACUGAGGGCCGUGCUGUUGACUUUGAGGUCUGGGUCGAUGACCUCCAGCUGUUCCUCCAGUGCGAUAGGGCAGACGGCCUCUCUUUGUUCGACCUCACCUCUGGUGCCUCCCCUGCCCCGCCUGCUACUACUGACAGCACUGUUCGCUCACAGUGGGCGACUCGCGAUGCUGCUGCCCGUCUUGCUGUGCGUCGCCACUUACCGACCACUGAGCGUGCACACUUUAGCCAGUACAAGACUGCUCAGACCUUGGACCACUUCCUCUCAGUUUGCCCCACCACUCUCACCGUUGACCUCCUCGAGAAGGCCCUCCUAGCAGCAGAGACGAGCAUAGUCGAUGUAGGAGCCUCUCGUGGUGACCCUCGCACCCUCGUCUUUGAGAGGUGUUGCCCCUCCCCCCUCUUGCCCUCUAUUGCUUCUUCUGCUGCUGCCGACCUCGUUGGUUUCUACGAGGUCGGCGCUGCGUCUGCCCCUAGCGGGAGACGCCGCACCGGCAAGGGCAAGGGGGGCAAGGGAACAGGAGGGGCUAGCGGGGGCGGUGGAGGUGGCGGUGGAGGCAGUGGAGGGGGUGGGGGUGGUGGUGGGAGUGGUGGUGGGGGUGGUGGCGGCGGCGGCAGCAGUGGAGGCGGAGGAGGCGGCGGUGGUGGCGGAGGGAGCGGAGGCGGCGGAGGUGGCGGAGGAGGCGGCGGUGGAGGAGGCGGCGGAUGCGGCGGCGGCGGCGGUGGUGGAGCAGGUCGCGACUCUACGCAGAGGAGUGGGUCAGGUGGUGGUCCGCGCUAG